AUGAUGGCUGGUCUACAGGCGGCGAAGAAGGAUCUCCGGCGGAGAAUGCGGGAUGCGCUGCACAAGAUCCCCGCCGACUCCAUCACAAAUCAAUCCAGAGUCGCCGCCAACAGGCUGUUUGCUCUCCAGGAAUACCAGGAUGCAAGGAGGAUAGGGGUUUAUCUCUCCAUGCCGGCAGGGGAAUUAUCCACCACGGCCAUCGUUCGGGAUGCUCUGGCAAGUGGUAAGGAGGUCUUCGUGCCCUACAUACACAAGCUAGAGUUAUCGGAACAGUCGAGGACCUCCGUUAUGGACAUGCUCAAGCUAGAGUCGAUUGAAGAAUUCGAGGCUCUCCAGCCCGACAAAUGGGGGAUUCCGUCGCUGUCCGAGGUCCAAGUACUCAGGAAGAUGAAUUGCUUUGGGGGCAAAGGAGUCUCGCCCCAGCCAGAAGACGCUACAAAAGGACCUUACGGGCUCGACUUGGUUGUGAUGCCAGGAAUGGCAUUUGAUGAAGGGCUCAGGAGAUUAGGGCAUGGUAAAGGCUACUAUGAUCAUUUUCUGACAAGGUAUUCAAGAGAGGGGGCUGCAGGUAAGUCAACAAAGCCGAAGUUGCCCUUCCUUGUUGCCCUAUCUCUCAAGGAGCAAAUGCUUCCCCCGACCGAAGAGAUACCGGUAGCGGAUCAUGACUGGCCUGUAGACAUGCUCAUCGUCGGUGAUGACCGGUCUCUGGUGCGCCAACACUGA